GGGUGGCGCGCCUCACACACAGGCAUUGGUGCUAAGACGUCCAACCACGAGACGAGUGAGCACACGAUGCGCGGAAGCAACGUCGUCAAACCUAGGUUAUAUCGAGUCUGUGCCAAUGAUCGCUUAACUCAUAGAAUGCCACCUUUUAUCCGAAACCUUCUAUGGCCUAACCGUCCUCUUCCGUGCACUUUACAUGUGUCUCAACGAUCCCGCUACCGCUGGAUCGCAAGGCCGCCCCGCCGCGCCUCACUGAGACACUAAAGAGGAAUG